CACAUUAUUACGGAUUUAACGCUUCCAAUUAAGUCAGUUCAAAUGUCAAAAGUAUCAAGAAAGUCUUUAAAAUGAAAUUUUAAGCAAGAAUUGAUUGUUCAAUAAUAAUAAAAAGUUAAUGAAGUGUCUAACGAUUCUUGACCUCUGUUAGUAAAAAGACUUAAAAUUUAGAAAUGUCUGUUCUAGUUGAAACAACAUUAGGAGAUUUGGUAUUUGAUCUUUACACUGAAGAAAGGCCAAGAUCAUGCAUGAACUUCUUAAAGCUAUGCAAAAUAAAGUAUUAUAAUUUCUGUUGUUUUCAUUCAGUUCGGAGAAACUUCAUUGCUCAAAGUGGUGAUCCAACAGAAACAGGCAGAGGGGGUGUUUCUGUGUACUCAUUUGUUUAUGGUGACCAAGCCAAAUAUUUUGAGUUAGAGUUAAAACCAAGAAUUAAACAUCGAACAAAAGGAACUAUUUCAUUUGUCAACAAUGGAAAUGACAUGCACGGUUCUCAAUUUUUUAUUACUCUUGGUGAUGGCUUGGAUUUUUUGGAUGGAAAACAUACAGUGUUUGGUCAACUGGCAGAAGGAUUUGAUGUUCUUGAAAAAUUAAAUGAGGUCAUAUGUGAUGAUAGUCAUAAACCAUUCCAAGAUGUCAGAAUAACACACACAAUAGUUUUAGAAGAUCCUUUUGAUGAUCCAAAAGAUUUACCUAUUCCUGAUAAAUCUCCUGAGCCCACAAAAGAAGUUCUUGAAAGCGGGCGAAUUGCUGCUGGAGAAAAAAUAAAUGAUGAUGAUGUAUCUAAAGAAGAGCUUUUAAAGAAAAUAGAAGACAAAGAAUUAGCAAUAGGAACCAAAAUACUUGAAACAGUUGGAGAUAUUGAUGAUGCAGACUUAAAACCCCCUGAAAAUGUUUUAUUUGUAUGCAAGUUGAACCCUGUAACUAAUGCUGAUGAUUUGAAAAUUAUAUUUUCAAGAUUUGGAAAAAUAUUAAGCUGUGAAAUUAUAAAAGAUCAAAAAACUGGAGACUCUCUUUGCUAUGGUUUUGUUGAAUUUAAAGAGGUUGAAGCGUGUGAGAAAGCAUAUUUCAAAAUGGAUAAUGUCUUAAUUGAUGAUCGUAGAAUACAUGUUGAUUUUUGUCAAUCAGUUUCAAAAAUCAAUAAAUGGCAUAAAUCAGCUGCAUAUACUAAAGCAAAUAGUUCAAAAGAUGGCUUUGGUUAUGAAAUGAAGGAGAAAAAAAACCCAAAGGACAAAUAUUCAAUGAUUUUUGAUGAUGAAGAUAAAGGAAAAAAAAGUCAAGUUCAAGAAAAAAACAAGAAAAAAGAUUCUUAUAAAUCAAAGAAAAAAUCACAGAAGCGAAGAAGUGAUUCUUCUGAUAGUGUUUCUGAUAGCUCAUCAAAAAGUAUUGAUGACAAGCGUUCAGCACGGAAGAAAACGCUGAAAAGUCACAAAAAACGAGUUGAUUCUAAAAAUGAUCCUAAAAAAUCACUUAAGCGAAACUAUUCUUCAUCUGAUGAUGAUGAUGAUGAUGUCGAUUUAAAAACUGCUGAAAAAAAAAAGAAAAACGAAAAAUCAAAAAAACACACAGAAAAGAGCUCAGAUGAUUCAGACUCUGAUGAUUGCGAUAUCAAAAAAUCAAAAACUUUAAAGGAGUCAUCCAAAAAUUUAAAAGAGUCAUCCAAAUAUUUAAAAGAGUCAUCCAAAUAUUCAAACAGCGAUUCUGAAGAUUCUGAUCAUAAACAAUCUAAAAAGUUUCAAGAGGAGUUUAAAAAGAAAAAAAAGGCUAUUUCAAAAAAUAAUCGUGAUGAUAUAAGGAAGACAAUCAGUGACGAUGAUAAAAAGAAUGAAUUUUCUAGAAAGAAGAAUGAUCAUAGGUCUUCUAUUUCAAAAGAAAAAAGAGAUGUUAGAUCAUCUUCCUCAUCAUUGCAAAAACGAGACGCUAGAUCAUCAUUGCAAAAAGAAAAAAAAACAGAUGUUAAAGAACAAACAAAAUAUAGUGACGAUAGCGAUGAAUCAGUUAAAAAUGAAAAAAGAGAAAAGAAGUUUAAAAAAAUCUCCUUAGAAGAAUGUGAUACAGAAGAAUACACUGGGGAAAAAUCGUCCAAUAAAAAGAACAAUAGAAGUGAACCUUCUGAUUCAGAUGAUAGUUCAGACGAAGAUAAAAAAAAAUCUCGUGAUUAUAAAAAACAUACGAAAAGGCAUUCUGAAGGCAAUAAGAAACGAAAGAAACGUAAUAAUUCCACUGAUAGUUCUGAUUGAAAUAGAGAAUAACCUUUAGUUAUUAGCUUAUUAUUGAGCGACUAUUCGGUACUUAGUACUGGACUUCUUUUUUUUUAUUUUCGUCAAAGAAAUAUUUAAUUGCGUUGAAAGAUGACGAAUAUAAGAAGAUAUCCAUGAAGUUAGUGAUAAAAUUGUAAUAGAGAAUUGUAAACUACGUUCAAGCUAAAGUUUAAAUUUUAUAAAA